AUGGCGCCUCCUUCACCUCGUGUUCCUCCAAGCGAGAAGACCAAGUCUUCGAAGCAGAAGAAAUCACUUUUUCGUCCACCGUCGCUGAAGCUUCGAAUGAAGCCAUUCGGUCUGGAAGCCCGAGUCACAGCUGUUCGGGGGAGUGUUUCAGUUCCAUCGAGUCCCACAGUCGACAAAGACUUGCCGACAAUGCCAGUGCAGAUCGCGGACACCACCCAGAGCCCCUCUGGAACAAUCCCAGGGAUCCCUGCUAGCCACAUGGCAGCAGACUCAAAAGAGACUAAGGCCCAAUCACACGACGAAGGCCACAAAGAAGAUAUCGCAAGCGGGGAGAUCGGGGAUAUCCAGGCUACCUCCCCGCAGAAAAUUUCAGGCACUAUGAUUGACUUGGAAUCGCCUCCUUCUGAAACUGAUUCUGAAAUUUCUCCAUUGUCGAGUCAUCUCCCGCCAUUGCGGUCAACUUCACGCGUGGCCCGCUUUUUCCCAGAGCUAUCUUCACAUUUCGCCGUGGUCUCCCCGGUCAGUGCAGAUUCCAAUAUGGACCGCGCCACCGGGCCCUCCUUUUUCGAACGGGAACUGGAAGAACGAGUGCAGAAUCUAUAUCAAAGCUCUUCAGAUGUCGCUCCCGAUCCACAUGGGUCUCCCGAUGGACAUGGGUCUACCGAUCAACCGGAAAUUCCCCACUUGUCUUCUGGGUCUGAGGAGACCCUAGAUUGUGCUUCGUCGUGCUAUAGUCGUCGAAAUUCGGUGAGCAGUGUCGGUACCACGUUUUGGGGAGAUGAUGCACGAUACCCUUACAAGACGGCCGAUGAGUACUCGAUCUUUUCCCCCGUCGCCGCGGGUGUCUUUGACGACUCCGAUUCCAUCUGUUCCUCACGGCCUUCCUCGAUAGUGGCUCCCUCCCACCUGACCGUGUCAAAUCCCUUCUCAAAUCCCGUCAGCAGAAAGGUAUCAAUGAAUGACCUAAAGAACAAACCCUUGCCACUGGAACCAUCUUUCGGGCUAAGCCCAGCCUCAAGUUACCGCAGCGACUCCCCCCUUUCCGCAGCUUCACCACAUCCCAGGUCACAAUGGUCAACGCAAUACUCCAAGAGAGACUCGCUAAUCUCGUGGCAACACCCCGGCACAAUGAGCCAGGCUGACUCGAAGGAGUCCAUGUUACACCAUUUGAAUACUCACCGACAAUCUAAACAUCCCUGCCAUGCAUGCGGACACAGUCAGCGCCAGCCGCAGCGCCAACGUCAAGGUCGACAUCGGUCAGAUCUGGUGAUCGCUGGUCAUCGAGCGCGCCAUGUCCCAACAUUGUCACAGGCUGCCGAGGAACUCGAAGAUGCGCUCGCGAACCUUGCUGGUCAAGAUUUGUCUCACAAAACUCUAUUGAUCCUCGAUGGGCCAUUGCAGAUCAGUCGCCAUAACGGGGACUUGAUUGCUACCCGGCCCGCGCCCCUCCCCCCUUCUACAAAGCCGCACUCACAAACAACGCAAGGGAAAUCGACAAACACCAGUCGGGUCAACACGAUCAAAUCAUUAAGCUCAAUUCCAGCUAAAGACAAAAGUCUCAAACCCAGCAAGACGGAGGUGAAAAACAAGCCUCGUCGAACCAAAACCGGCAAGGAUAGGGAGAGGGAAUUGGAUGAGAGGGAAGCCAAAGAAGCCGCAAGAAUUGCAGCUUUAAAGAAAACACAAAGCAUCAAAAAAGACAAAUCCAAGAAAUCCUUCCUGGGCUUCCGCAAGCAAAGUCAAGGUCUGCGUGAUGCAGUUAGCGUCGGCUCACGGUCGGAGGACUCCCUCCACAUGACAUUGGAAUCUUCUACCGAUCCCCUCGAUCUGGCCCCCACGCGCGACAGCCUUCUACUUCAAUUACCUCGUCUGCAAACAAAUGGUCUUGAAAAUAUAUUCGAUCGCGUUGCGGAAAAAGCAGUGUUAUCGGGUAGCCCCGCCCCGGUCGCGAUGGAGGGGGUGAAACUAGAGAGACCUAUAGCCUCCAAAAUCCGCCAGAGCUGGGCUAUGGUCUCGACUGCCCAUGCAAGCAGCGUUCAACUCACAGAACAGAUCUAUGAACUUCCCGCUACUCCCCCUUCGCCUUCAUCGGCGCUCCCUCGCCAGGUAAAGCACAAUGCCACAGUCAAUAGCACCCUCCCCGAAGAUAUGCCGGUGGAUUUGAUUCUGUCAAUUAUGCAGAGCAUUGACUCUCUAGAUGACCUUUUCAAUUUUGCCCUCGUCAACAAAAAGAUCUACACCGCGUUCAAAAGUCGGGAACUGUCCAUGCUGAAAAAUGCCUUGUUCAAAAUGUCCCCGCCCGCAUGGGAAAUGCGCGAGAUGAGUCCGCCCUGGGAAAUGGAGUGGCAGCUACUCAUAGAUCCCGAUUCCCAGGUUCCAGAAUACACGCCUACGUUGUACCUGCAGAGGUACGCGCAGGAUAUCUACACCCUCGCCAAGUUGAAGGCAUUGGUGCUUGCGCGGUGCGCUCCGUUCCUGCGUCGCGAUACCAUUCGUGGUCUGGCUGGCGUUGAUAACACCCGUGCUGAGGAGGUCGACGAUGCGUUCUGGCGACUCUGGACCUUCUGCCGCAUCUUCGGCUGUGGUAAGGGGCGUGAGAAUGAUAUUGCUGGCCAAAUGGACUGGUUGAAGGGCGGUGUCCAGGCGAAGAGUCAUUUCACAUCCGCUUCAACGAUGACACAACCUUUCGGUAUGAAUAAUGUUCUAUUUGAGCCACCCGAGGGAUUCGGGCGUGGAAAUCUUAAAGGUCUGUCGCAGAAGCAGAUGUACGAUCUAACGGAGAUCUGGACGUGCAUGGGUGUUCUGUUGCAGCCGUUGCAUGGAAAGUGCAUUGAAGCCCGAAAGGUCGGCAUUUUUGAUGGCUUGAACGUCCCAGAUACCGAACUGGCGCUCGAAGAGACCAUUCUCGAGGAAUGGACGUCAUACAUUCUCACGCUCGGUCUAGGUGCAGUGUUAACACUCAGCGCUGUCUGCCCGGCCGACACCACCGCCGCCACAUUCGCCAAAGCAAAGUCAAUCGGCUUGACCAAAUGGGAAAAAACCGAAACCGAAGCAAGUCGAUCAUCAUUCCUGAAAGAGGCAGUCUCUCGUGCCUACGAGCUCCAAGAACGUUCCCUCGACAGCCCGACCGAAAUCAGCCCGCAAAAGACAACCCCUACCAAAAGCGACCGCGAGAUCCGUGAGCGCCAAGCCGGUUUCGCUAACGAGCUUCGUCGUCGUCGUGAACGCGGUUUCGAGCCAGACCCCAACGGCCGGUUUUCUUUCUCUGCUGAACGCCCUAUGUCGGAGUUCAGUACUAUUGUCCAUAAUCUCAACGGGUCCAUUCGGGAUCACCGGCCCAUUCCAUCUGUGCCUGCUCUCGUUCUUGACAGGUCCUCGACAUCAACUUCUGGCUCUGCUCCUCAUACCCCGACUCACCUGUCGGACUAUGUUAAUGCCCCUGCUCCGUCGCAUACACCACCACCGCCACCAGCUAUGGUUCCUCGGCCUCUGCGGCCGCAGGUGCUGGACCCUGUUGACCGUGCCAUUGAUAUGAUGGUUAAUGAACUUGGCUUUAAUCCGCAAGACGCUAAGUGGGCUCUUAAGAUUACAGAUACUGGUGAAGGGAUUGAUGCUCCUGCUGCUGUGCAGUUACUUGAGCGUCAGCGGAAAAAGAAUCAGCACAAUCCCUUAGGCCAAGGCGAUAACCUGAUGGCAGAUGUUAUUAAGCGUCAGAAGUCACAAGAGUCGGGCUGGCGCUGGGCUUGA